UUAGAGUAAGUUUAGCAGAUUUUUGCUUCGGUUUCGAAAUAGAGCAUUUCUCAGCGUCGUUCUACAUUUUAUUGUCUCUUAUUUUAAUUUAAUAAUAAAUGAAGUGCAAGUGUGUAAGAAAAUUAAUUUGAUACACUUGUACGUGAUAAAACUUUAAAGUUUAUAAAUAUGAAUCGACGAAGGGGCCACGAAGAAGAAGAUGGAUACGAACGCCUGCAUAGGAAACGGCGCCGUGUAUCUGAAAAUCAAGAAAUAGAAGACAGAUUAGAAUCCCUUAUCCUACGCGUUGGUGAAAAGAGUAGUUCGAGCUUGGAAAGUAAUCUGGAGGGUUUGGCGAGUGUAUUGGAAGCCGAUUUGAGUACAUUCCGUGUAAAAAUCCUACGUAUUUUGACAGAAUGUGCGAUACGAAUGCCAGAAAAAUGUACCAUCUACGCCACUCUUGUUGGUCUUCUCAAUGCGAAGAAUUACAACUUUGGAGGAGAAUUUGUUGAUUAUAUUGUAAAAACAUUCAAGGAAAACCUGAAAUGUGGAAAAUGGAAUGCAGCAAGGUAUUGUUUGAGAUUUAUAUCAGACUUGGUGAACUGCCAUGUAUUAGCAGCAUCUUCAUUAUUGACCUUACUGGAGACAUUAGUUGAUUGUGCCAAUGAGGAUAGUGUUCCUCAAGUGAGAAGGGAUUGGUUUGUUUUUGCUGUUUUGUCCACACUACCCUGGGUGGGGAGAGAGCUGUAUGAGAAAAAGGAAUCCCAAUUAGAUCACUUGCUAGUUACAAUUGAAGUGUUUUUAAACAAGCGCAGUAAAAAGCACUGGCCUGCAUUGAAAGUUUGGUCAGCUGAUUCCCCACACCUGCAGGAAGAAUAUUUGGAUUGUUUAUGGGCUCAAAUAAAGAAGCUUAGACAAGAUAAUUGGUCUGAAAAACAUAUACCCAGACCCUAUUUAGCGUUUGAUUCUAUUCUCUGCGAGGCUCUGCAACACACACUUCCAACAAUUCAGCCACCGCCACACAAUGAUGGUGAUUCAUACCCGAUGCCUCGAGUUAUAUUCCGCAUGUUUGACUACACCGACUGUCCAGAUGGUCCAGUGCUACCAGGAGCACAUUCCAUAGAGAGAUUCCUCAUUGAAGAGCAUUUACAUAACAUAAUAGAGGCUUAUCAUCUUGAGAGGAAGGAGUGUGCAGCUCAACUACUGUGUUUCCCUUAUAAAGCAAAGAUUCCAUUAGAGUAUUGUAUUGUAGAAGUAAUAUUUGCAGAGCUGUUCAAUUUACCGAGGCCAAGAUAUUUGGAAAUAUGCUACGGGUCUAUAUUAAUUGAGUUGUGUAAGCUACAACCUGCAACAAUGCCUCAAGUAUUGGCUCAGGCAACGGAGAUAUUAUUUAUGAGAAUUGAUACUAUGAAUGUUGCCUGCUUUGACAGAUUAGUAAAUUGGUUCUCAUACCACUUGAGUAACUUCCAAUACAGAUGGUCAUGGGAGGACUGGGAGGGGUGUGCUCAGCUUGACCCUGAUCACCCGAAACCUAGGUUUAUUAGAGAAGUCCUCAGUAAAUGUUUAAGAUUGUCAUAUCACCAAAGAAUAAAGGACAUGGUACCUGAAACGCUAGCAGCAUUUGUACCAUUAAAACCAGAACCAAUUUACAAAUAUUCCAUGGAGGGAGCAGCAUCCCUCCCAGGCACGGAAGCGGCCCACCAGCUGGUAGUAUGUGUGAGGAACAAAUGUACUCCAGAAGAGGCGUUAAAUGUCCUUCGAGAUCUGCCCAACCCCCUUCGGGAAGGGGAGGCGGCGUCAACACACGCUGCGUCCUACAACCCGCUGAAGAUUGACGUGUUUGUGCAGACGUUACUCAAUCUGGGCAGCAAGAGCAUAUCGCACAGCUUUGCUGCUAUAUCCAAGUUUCAUUAUGUUUUUAAGAUCCUGGCCGAGUCGGAGGAGGCGCAGAUCUGCGUGCUGCGCAACGUGUGGGAGCUGUGGCAGCGGCACCCGCAGAUGGUGUGCGUGCUGGUGGACAAGAUGCUGAAGACGCAGAUCGUGGAGUGCAGCGCGGUGGCCACGUGGCUCUUCUCCAAGGAGAUGGCGUCGCACUUCGUCAACGCGCCGCUCUGGGAGAUCCUGCACCUCACCAUCGACAAGAUGAACAAGCACGUGUCUAAAUUGAGCAAGGAGUUACAAGAAGCCAGAGAGGCUCUCGCCAGAGCCGACUCCAGUAGUUCUGAUUCUGAAGACGAGAGUGGGAGCAAGAAAAAGAAAGAUCAAGACAAGCCCACGGAAGAGGCCGUGGAGCGCAUGGAGGAGCGGCUGGAGAUGGGGCACACGGACCAGAAGCGGCUGUUCCUCAUCGUGUUCCAGCGCUUCAUCAUGAUCCUGUCGGAACACCUCGUGCGCGCCGACACCGACGCGCGGGACCCGCUCACCGCCUGGUACACCACCACCGUGGGCCGCCUUACCCAGGUGUUCUUGCUGGUGAGUGCACACUCUCUGCCUCUCAUCACAUGGUAUUCCACCACCAUGGGCCGCUUCAGUCAAAAUAUAAACUUUGAGCAAACCAUGUAA